GGGCCGUCCGAGAAGGAGAGGACAGGGGCGAGGGGCAGGAAGGAAGCAAACAUCAAAUUUAAAAGAAAACCACUUUGACUUUCCCCCACUCUCCCGCUCCAAUGGCUGUGUAGCGAACGUCCCCGGCGAUACCGUGGAAGGGACGAAGUUGGUCUGCAAUCGCAAUUUUGUGGGUUGAGUUCACAGCUGUGAGCGCGGGGCUCGGAGAUGGAGCGGUGGUCCUCUAGGUGGAAAACGAAACGGUGGCUCUGGGAUUUCACCGUAACAACCCUCGCAUUGACCUUCCUUUUCCAGGCUAGAGAGGUCAGAGGAGCUGCUCCAGUUGAUGUACUAAAAGCACUAGAUUUUCACAGUUCUCCAGAGGGAAUAUCAAAAACAACUGGAUUUUGCACAAAUAGAAAGAAUUCAAAAGGUUCAGAUAUUGCUUACAGAGUUUCAAAGCAAGCACAACUCAGUGCUCCAACAAAGCAAUUAUUUCCAGGUGGACCUUUUCCAGAAGAUUUUUCAAUAUUAUUCACAGUAAAACCGAAAAAGGGAACUCAGUCCUUCCUUUUAUCCAUAUAUAAUGAACACGGUAUUCAGCAAAUCGGUGUUGAAGUUGGAAGAUCACCUGUUUUCCUGUUUGAAGACCACACUGGAAAACCUGCCCCCGAAGACUAUCCUCUCUUCAGAACUGUUAACAUCGCAGAUGGGAAGUGGCAUCGGGUAGCAAUCAGCGUGGAGAAGAAAACUGUGACAAUGAUUGUUGAUUGUAAGAAGAAAACCACAAAACCACUUGAUAGAAGUGACAGAGGAAAUGUUGACACCAAUGGAAUCACGGUUUUUGGAACAAGGAUACUGGAUGAAGAAGUUUUUGAGGGGGACAUCCAGCAGUUGUUGAUCUCAGGUGACCCCAAAGCAGCGUAUGACUACUGUGAGCAUUACAGUCCAGACUGUGACUCUUCAGCGCCCAAGGCUGCACAGGCUCAGGAACCUCAGAUAGAUGAGUAUGAACCUGAGGAUAUAAUCGAAUAUGACUAUGAGUAUGGGGAAGCAGACUAUAAAGAGGCUGAAAGUGUAACAGAGAGACCCACUGUAACAGAGGAGACAAUAGCACAAACAGAGGUGAAUAUCAUUGACGAUUUUCAAGAAUACAACUACGGAACAAUGGAAAGUUACCAGACAGAAUCUCCUAGACGUGUAUCUGGUACAAAUGAGCCAAAUCCAGUUGAAGAUGUAUUUACUGAAGAAUACCUAACUGGAGAGGAUUAUGAUUCCCAGAGGAAAAAUUCUGAGGAUACAUUAUAUGGAAACAGAGGAAUAGACGGCAGGGACUCUGAUCUUCUGGUAGAUGGAGAUUUAGGCGAAUAUGAUUUUUAUGAAUAUAAAGACUAUGAAGAUAAACCAACAAGCCCUACUACUGAAGAAUUUGGUCCAGGUGUACCAGCAGAAACUGAUAUCACAGAAACAAGCAUAAAUGGCCAUGGAGCAUAUGGAGAAAAAGGGCAGAAAGGAGAACCAGCAGUAGUUGAACCUGGUAUGCUUAUUGAAGGCCCACCAGGGCCAGCAGGACCUGCGGGUCUUAUGGGUCCUCCAGGUCUACAAGGCCCCACUGGACCUCCUGGUGACCCUGGUGACAGGGGCCUACCAGGACGUCCUGGCUUGCCAGGGGCUGAUGGUCUGCCUGGCCCUCCUGGUACCAUGUUAAUGUUACCGUUUCGUUAUGGUGGGGAUAGUUCCAAAGGACCAACUAUCUCUGCUCAGGAAGCUCAGGCUCAGGCAAUUCUUCAGCAGGCUCGGAUUGCUCUGAGAGGCCCACCUGGUCCAAUGGGUCUAACUGGAAGACCAGGUCCUGUGGGGGGGCCUGGUUCAUCUGGGGUGAAAGGUGAGAGUGGUGAUCCAGGUCCUCAGGGCCCUCGAGGUAUCCAAGGCCUUCCUGGUCCAACGGGAAAACCUGGAAAAAGGGGUCGUCCGGGUGCUGAUGGAGGAAGAGGAAUGCCAGGAGAACCUGGGCCAAAGGGAGAUCGAGGAUUUGAUGGACUUCCAGGUCUACCAGGUGACAAAGGUCACAGGGGUGAACGAGGUCCUCAAGGCCUACCUGGUGCUCCUGGAGAAGAUGGAAUGAGGGGAGAAGAUGGAGAAAUAGGACCAAGGGGUCUCCCAGGUGAAGCUGGUCCACGAGGUUUGCUGGGACCAAGGGGAACGCCAGGACCUACAGGGCAGCCUGGUAUCCCAGGUGUAGAUGGUCCCCAAGGUCCAAAAGGGAACAUGGGUCCUCAAGGGGAGCCUGGACCACCAGGUCAGCAAGGAAAUCCUGGACCUCAAGGUCUUCCUGGUCCACAAGGUCCGAUUGGUCCUCCUGGUGAAAAAGGACCACAAGGAAAACCUGGGCUUGCUGGACUUGCUGGUGCUGAUGGGCCUCCUGGUCACCCUGGAAAAGAAGGCCAGUCUGGAGAAAAGGGUGCUCUGGGUCCUCCUGGUCCACAGGGCCCUCUUGGUUACCCUGGUCCUCGAGGAGUAAAGGGAGCAGAUGGUGUCAGAGGUCUCAAAGGCUCUAAAGGUGAAAAGGGUGAAGAUGGUUUUCCAGGAUUCAAAGGUGACAUGGGUCUUAAAGGUGACAGAGGAGAAGUCGGUCAAGUAGGUCCAAGAGGAGAAGAUGGCCCUGAAGGCCCCAAAGGUCGAGCAGGUCCAACUGGAGACCCUGGUCCUUCUGGUCAAGCUGGAGAGAAGGGGAAACUUGGUGUUCCAGGCCUACCGGGUUAUCCAGGAAGACAAGGUCCAAAGGGUUCCACGGGAUUUCCUGGAUUCCCGGGUGCUAAUGGAGAGAAAGGUGCAAGGGGUAUAGCUGGCAAACCAGGCCCUCGGGGUCAGCGUGGUCCAACGGGUCCUCGAGGUUCAAGGGGUGCAAGAGGCCCCACUGGUAAACCUGGUCCAAAGGGUACCUCAGGUGGUGAUGGCCCCCCUGGCCCUCCAGGUGAAAGAGGCCCUCAAGGACCACAGGGCCCAGUUGGAUUCCCUGGACCAAAAGGCCCUCCUGGACCACCUGGAAAGGAUGGACUGCCCGGACACCCUGGACAACGUGGGGAGACUGGAUUUCAAGGCAAGACUGGCCCUCCUGGACCAGGGGGUGUUGUUGGGCCACAGGGUCCUACUGGUGAGACUGGUCCAAUAGGUGAACGUGGGCAUCCUGGCCCUCCUGGUCCUCCUGGUGAGCAAGGUCUUCCUGGUGCAGCAGGAAAAGAAGGUGCAAAGGGUGACCCAGGUCCUCAAGGUGUCUCAGGGAAAGAUGGACCAGCAGGACUACGGGGUUUCCCAGGUGAAAGAGGUCUUCCUGGAGCUCAGGGUGCAGCAGGUCUGAAAGGAGGGGAAGGUCCCCAAGGCCCACCCGGUCCAGUUGGUUCACCAGGAGAACGUGGAUCAGCAGGUACAGCUGGCCCAAUUGGUUUGCCAGGGCGUCCAGGACCCCAGGGUCCUCCUGGUCCAGCUGGAGAGAAAGGUGCUCCUGGAGAAAAAGGUCCCCAAGGCCCUGCAGGGAGAGAUGGAGUGCAAGGUCCUGUGGGUCUCCCUGGUCCCGCUGGUCCCGCUGGCUCCCCUGGUGAGGAUGGAGAUAAGGGUGAAAUUGGCGAACCAGGGCAAAAAGGCAGCAAGGGUGACAAAGGAGAAAAUGGUCCACCCGGUCCCCCAGGUCUUCAAGGACCUGUUGGUGCCCCUGGAAUUGCUGGAGGUGAUGGUGAGCCGGGUCCUAGAGGACAGCAAGGGAUGUUUGGACAAAAAGGUGAUGAAGGUGCAAGAGGUUUCCCUGGACCUCCGGGUCCCAUAGGUCUUCAGGGUUUGCCAGGCCCACCUGGUGAAAAAGGUGAAAAUGGGGAUGUUGGUCCCAUGGGUCCACCUGGCCCUCCAGGCCCAAGAGGCCCUCAAGGUCCCAAUGGAGCUGAUGGUCAAGAUGGUGUUGGUGGUGACAAGGGUGAAGACGGAGAUCCUGGUCAACCAGGUCCUCCUGGUCCAUCUGGUGAGGCUGGCCCACCAGGUCCUCCUGGAAAAAGAGGUCCUCCUGGAGCUACAGGGUCAGAGGGAAGACAAGGUGAAAAAGGUGCUAAGGGAGAAGCAGGUGCCGAAGGUCCUCCUGGAAAAACUGGCCCAGUUGGUCCUCAGGGACCUGCUGGGAAGCCUGGUCCAGAAGGUCUUCGGGGUAUUCCUGGCCCUGUGGGACCUCCUGGUUUACCUGGUCUCAAAGGUGACCCCGGCUCCAAGGGUGAGAAGGGACAUCCUGGUUUAAUUGGCCUGAUUGGCCCUCCAGGAGAGCAAGGUGAAAAGGGUGACAGAGGGCUCCCUGGAACUCAAGGAUCUCCAGGAGCAAAGGGAGAUGGAGGAAUUCCUGGUCCUGCUGGUCCCUUAGGCCCACCUGGACCUCCAGGCUUACCAGGUCCUCAAGGUCUGAAGGGUAACAAGGGCUCUACUGGACCUGCUGGCCAGAAGGGUGACAGUGGUCUUCCAGGGCCUCCUGGACCUCCGGGUCCUCCUGGUGAAGUCAUUCAGCCUUUACCAAUCUUGUCACCCAAAAAAACAAGAAGGCAUACUGAAAGCAUGCAAGCAGAUGCAGGUGAUAAUAUUCUGGAUUAUUCGGAUGGAAUGGAGGAAAUAUUUGGUUCCCUCAAUUCUCUGAAACAAGACAUCGAGCAUAUGAAGUUUCCAAUGGGUACUCAGACCAAUCCAGCCCGAACUUGCAAAGAUCUGCAACUCAGCCAUCCUGACUUCCCAGAUGGUGAAUACUGGAUUGAUCCUAACCAAGGUUGCUCGGGAGAUUCCUUCAAAGUUUACUGUAACUUCACGUCUGGUGGGGAGACUUGCAUUUAUCCAGACAGAAAAUCUGAGGGAGUAAGAAUUUCAUCAUGGCCAAAGGAGAAGCCGGGAAGCUGGUUUAGUGAAUUCAAGAGAGGAAAACUGUUUUCCUAUUUAGAUGUUGAAGGCAAUUCCAUUAAUAUGGUGCAAAUGACAUUCCUGAAACUGCUGACUGCUGCUGCUCGACAAAAUUUCACCUACCACUGUCAUCAGUCAGCAGCCUGGUAUGAUGUGUCAUCUGGAAGUUAUGACAAAGCACUUCGGUUCCUGGGAUCAAAUGAUGAGGAGAUGUCCUAUGACAAUAAUCCCUACAUCAAAGCACUGCAUGAUGGCUGCGCAUCCAGAAAAGGCUAUGAAAAGACUGUUAUUGAAAUCAAUACACCGAGAAUUAAUCAAGUACCUAUUGUUGAUGUAAUGAUCAAUGACUUUGGUGAUCAGAAUCAGAAAUUUGGAUUUGAAGUUGGUCCUGUUUGUUUUCUUGGCUGAUAUUAAGACAAAGAACAUAUAAAACCAACAGAAAUUUACCUUGGUGUCACCAACCCAUUUUAUGCCACAUGCAAGUUUUGAAUAAGGAUGAUAUAGAAAACAACUUGCUACAUAUAUAUGUACCAUUUAGGAAAUAUUAAUGCCCUUGUGAGGGCAGAACCAUGUGACAAAACUAUGAAACUCAUAAGGUAUAAGAUAGUGUGGCUGAGAUGGAAAACAAGGCUCCUUUUUAAUUCCCUAAUUCUCAUCUCUCCUUUUCCUAUUUGGAUUCCUUUGGUGCUGUAGGGAAAAAAAAAUAAAAGAGAGAAAAAUAUAUACUCAUAAAAGAUAUGGUGCUCAUUCUCAUCCAUCAAGGAUGUGCUAAAAAAAAAGUGUGUUUAAUAAAUUGUAAUUAUUUUAUGUACAGUUCUAAACUGUUAUCUAUGUGUCCAUUUCCAAAACUUGCACGUGUCUCUGAAUUUCAUCUGACUCUGAUUUUAUGACAAUUGCAGAACUAUGACGGCAAUAAAUAUAUGUAUUAUGAAAAAAUAAAGUUGUAAUUUCUGGUGACUCUAGUUCCCUUUCUUUGAUUAAUAAUAAAAUGCCUUUGUAUAUAUUGAUGUUGAAGAGUUCAGUUAUUUGAAGUCGCCAACAAAAAUCUCAGAGGGCAAAAACCUGGAAGACUCUUGGAAGCACACUCAGAUAACUCUUCU